GGCUGGGGAGCAACAGGAGCGGUCAGGACAGGAAUCCAGCUCUGCUCCAAAGCCAGCUCUUAAUCAGCAACAUGGGCGUGGGGGUGGUAUGUUCCUGGCCCUCAUUUUCUGGGAGGGGGUAACACUCCAUCCCCAUCUUGGCCUUUACAUCCUUUGGGUCUGGCUGUGGGAGACGGGGCAGUUGGGAGGUCUGCACCAGUCAGUUCCUGGAAGAUCGCCAAAAUGAGAUCUCCUUUCGCUUCAACUUUCCUGGCUGUCUCACGCACCCCUCUGCCUUCUCCCGGGCCACUCCGCGCAUCGCCACCCACCAAGGGGACCCCCGGAGCCGCGCCAGCUCUCCAGGAUGGGAAUUUCGUGACGUUCCCUGCCUGGGCUUCAGCGAGGGCGGGGUGGAGCGCCGUAAGGGGCUAUCACGCAAGUGCAUCCCCUGGCCUCCGCCGCAAACGGCGGUUCUCACCUGGGCCGGGGGACUCCUGGAGGAGGAGCGCCGGCCUGGCGAGACCGGUCGAGUCCCCGCGUCUCUACCCGCCCCGCCGCCCAGUUCCGAGACUCUCAUCCCCCGUCCGCCGCCCCGCCCUCUCGCGGGUGGGUGGGCGCUUCCCUCCGCUCCCCGUGACACUUUGCAGACGCUCCCCGGCGCCGGGCAUGGGCGCCGCCGCCACCAUCGGUCCCCGGGCAGGAUUCCGCGCGCGGUGCCCCUGAGGCGCUCAGCUGCCGGGUCCGCAGGAAGCAGAGCCAUGAAUGACCGAAACAGCCGGAGGCGGACAAUGAAGAAGGAUGAUGAGGCCUUCGAGAUCUCCAUCCCCUUCGAUGAGGCGCCCCACCUAGACUCACAGAUCUUUUACAGCCUGAGCCCCUCUCGGGGAAACUUCGAGGAGCCUCCGGAGGCUGCGUCCCCCACCCUAGCCCUAAUGAACAGCGUCAAGGCCCAGCUACACAUGGCCCUGGAGAGGAACUCCUGGUUGCAGAAGCGCAUAGAAGACCUGGAGGAAGAGAGGGACUUCUUGCGGUGUCAGUUGGACAAAUUCAUCUCUUCUGCCCGGAUGGAUGCAGAGGACCACUGCCGGGUGAAGACCGGGCCCCGGCGAGUGGAGGGGGACAGCCGGGGUGGGGCUGGGGGCGAGGCCUCUGACCUGGAGUCAGCAGCCUCCUCCCUCAGCGGAGCGUCCGAAGAAGGCAGCGCCAGCGAGAGGCGGCGGCAGAGGCAGAAGGGAGGCGCCGGCCGGAGGCGCCUGGGGAAGCCCAAGGCCCGGGAGAGGCAGCGGGUGAAGGACGCGGACGGGGUUCUCUGCCGCUAUAAGAAGAUCCUGGGCACCUUCCAGAAGCUGAAGAGCAUGUCGCGGGCCUUCGAGCACCACCGCGUGGACCGCAACACGGUGGCGCUGACCACGCCCAUCGCCGAGCUGCUCAUCGUGGCCCCCGAGAAGCUGGCCGAGGUGGGAGAGUUCGACCCCUCCAAGGAGCGCCUCCUCGAGUACUCCCGCCGCUGCUUCCUGGCCCUGGACGACGAGACGCUCAAGAAGGUGCAGGCGCUCAAGAAGAGCAAGCUGCUGCUCCCCAUCACCUACCGCUUCAAGCGGUGAUGCCGGCCCGGGUGCACGAGCCGGGCGCUCCGCACGGGGCCUCCACGGGCGGGCGGCGUCUCUGCGCGCGCUCCUCCUCCUCCCGCAGGCCCCCACUCCCACCCUGGGGCCCGUUGUAUA